ACCGCAAAACUAGGUCCCGGCUAAAGAACUCUCCUUAAUGGAUUGCUUUCUUCUGAAGCCGCAUCAAAAUUAAACUUUUAAAACGCCCAAAGCCGAAACCGGGGAAGACCAGAGAACAGGCGGCGGCAGCGACCAAAACCCCGAGAUGCCGCCCGCAACCCCUGGCCCCCCCGCGGCCGCCCCACGGAAGUACUACUUUUUCUACGGCCACCGCAAGCCCUCCCAGAACCGCCCCGUUGUCCGCGGCGGCUUCUUCUCCAACCGCAAAACCCUCCCCCCCUCCUCCGCCACCGCCACCGCCCCUGUCCCCGCCCCGCCACCCGCCGCCGUCGACUUCCGCGACUGGGAUCCCGACCGCCCCUCCUCCCCCGCGGUGGCGACUCCCCCCUCCCUCGCCGCCACCGACCGCCGCCUCUGCCCGCUGGCCCGCUACAUCCUCGACUCCCUCCGCCGACACCGCCGCUGGUGCCCCCCAAUACUCUCCGAUCUCCGCAAGCUCCGCCGCGUCCCCCCCGACCUCGUAGCCGAGGUCCUCCGCGCACGCCCCCUGCUCGACCCCGCCAUUUCCACCCGAUUCUUCCACUGGGCCGGCAGCCAGAAGGGCUUCCGCCAUACCUUCGCCUCCUACAACGCCCUUGCCUACGCCCUCAAUGCCGCCCGCCUCUUCCGCGUCGCCGACCAGAUCCCGGAGCUCAUGGACUCCCAGGGGCAGCCCCCCUCCGAGAAGCAGCUCGAGAUCCUCGUCCGGUUGCACGCCGAUGCCGGCCGCGGCCUCCGGAUCUUCCACAUCUAUCAAAAAAUGAGAAGUAAAUUCGGCGUCAAGCCCCGAAUUUUCUUGUACAAUCGAAUUUUGGACGCACUUAUCCGCACCGGCCACCUCGACCUUGCCCUCUUGGUCUAUGACGACCUCCGGGCUGACGGUCUCAAGGAGGAGGCUAUCACCUUCACCAUUCUUGCCAAGGGACUGUGCAGGGCAGGGAGAAUUGAUCAGCUUCUUGAGAUUUUGGACCGAAUGCGGCAGGAGCUGUGCCGGCCAGAUGUUUUUGUAUACACGGCGAUGGUAAAGGCGCUGGCUUUGGAGGGGAAUCUGGCUGGAUGCUUGAGGGUAUGGGAGGAGAUGAAAAAGGAUAGGGUGGAGGCCGAUGUGAUGGCGUAUAAGACGCUUGUUUCAGGGCUGUGCAAGGCAGGGAAGGUGGAGAAAGCUCGUGAAUUAUUUCAGGAGAUGAAGAUGAAGGGGUUCUUGAUUGACCAGGCAGUGUAUGGGUCGUUGGUCGAUGGGUGUGUGGCAGAGGGGAAGGUUGGGGAUGGUUGUCAGCUGUUGAAGGAGAUGGUGGCGGAUGGGUACCGGGCUGAUUUGGGGAUAUACAAUUCAUUGAUUGAGGGUUUUUGUGGCAUUGGGAGGGUGGAUAAGGCUUAUAAGCUCUUCAGAAUUGCAGUUCAGGAGGGGCUCGUCCCAGGCUUUGAGAGUGUUACUCCAUUACUGGCUUCUUAUGCUGACGCUAAUGACAUGGAUAAGUAUUUUCACCUGGUUGAUAUGCUGGGCAAAUUAGGUUUGCCGGUUAUGGAUCAUCUCUCUAACUUUUUCACAUUCUUUAUAGAGAAGGGAGGAACGGAAUUCAAGGCUUUGGAGAUGUUCGAGGCUUUGAAAGGAAAAGGGUUUUGCAGUAUUGAAAUUUACAAUAUUCUUAUUGCAUGCCUUCACAAGAUUAAGGAGAGAAAGAGGGCAUUAUUGUUGUUUGAGGAAAUGAAGAAUUCAAAAGACUUUAGUCCAGAUUCUUGUUCUUAUAGUCAUAUAAUUCCUUGUUUAGUAGAGGAAGGAAAUGUUAGAGAGGCAUGCUCCUGUUUUAAUUUGAUGAAGGAAAUGUCCUGGACACCUAAUGUGGCAGCUUAUUGCUCGCUUGUGGAAGGGCUCUGUAGGAUUGGGGAAAUCAAUGCGGCUCUUUCACUUGUUAAGGAUUGUCUGGGAAAUGUGACAAGCGGGCCUAUGGAAUUCAAGUAUGCUUUGACUGUUCUUAACGCCUGCAGAUCAAAGAAUCCAGAGAAAGUUGUAGAAAUCUUGGACGAGAUGAUGGAACAAGGUUAUCCUCUGGAGGAUAUUGUAUAUUGUGCUAUCAUCCAUGGUUUCUGCAAGUACGCAAGUUCAGGAGAAGCAAGAAAGGUGUUUGCAGUUAUGAGAGAUCGCAAGAUUCUUUCGGAGGUUAAUUUUAUUGUUUAUGAGGAAUUACUUAAUGAGCAUUUGAAGAAGAUCACUGCUGGCUUGGUGGUCUCUGGUUUGAAGUUUUUCGGUCUUGAGUCAAAAUUGAAGCUAACAAGCAAUGAGGAUUGACUAUGUUGAAGAAAAUGCCAGGAGUCUGGAGGUCACAAAAAUAAGGAAUAAAAUACAGGAAGUUUGUGAAUAGACUGUGGCUACUACCAACCGCUGGCUGGUAUGGGGCCUGAAUUACAGUUCAACAGUGCUUUAUACGCUGUAUUAUUUUGGACUGGAAUGGGGCUGCUUGAAUGUUCUACAAGCUCGAUGAAUGUUUUUCAAGUCGUGAUGGGAACCCAUAACUCCGGAGGAGUUUGCACACCUCAGAGUAAUUGCUAAAUGAGGGGGAAAAUAAUGAGCGCAAGUCACUCUUCUUUGUAAUCAGAAUUAUCUUCUAUACAUAGCCAGAGUUGCUGCAAUGCAACUAGUUUUUGAGGUUAUGCGACCUUCAUAAUCAAGAUCUGCCUAAAUUGUAUGUCAAGCAGUGCCAAAAAGUUUGUCAAGCAACAGAAGAAUCGCCAAAGCUGUGCAUGUUGCUGCAUCAUUUCUUACAUGAGAAGCGUCGAGUGCGAGUUUGAUCUUGCUUAAAGGAAUCUGUGUAUGCUUUUAGACACUAAGCUGUAUCCUUUUGCUUGUAGAAUAAGUUAAUCACUCAAUUUUUCAAAUGCUUCGGGCGCUCAGUCUUCAGUAGCAUCUCAUCGAGAACAGGAAGAUUGGAGGUAUGUGGAGGCCUGGUUCGGAUUGGCUGAAAUGGGACUAUCAUGGUGCAAGUCAUUAGGCCAUGAACUGCCUCAGCUGCCCAUUUCAUCUUACAUUGUUGACUAAGAUUAUCUCUGGAGACUGACAUUCUUUAUACAAAUCCUAGCAACUGAUGCAUAGCCUGAGCUAUUGCUCAUAUGAUAAUGGAUCCAUUGUAACUACUAACUAAUGUAAGCAUUGUUUAUUCAAAAGAUGGCAUUUAUCAUUAUAAAUGCUGGCUUUGAUUGUUUUAAAUGAUAUAGUAUCGAUUUUUCUCUUCA